AUCGUAUUGCACUAGUGGUCAAUGGAACUUUGCACGCAUUAGUUUCCAUCGAAUAUUUCGUACUUCGAUAAGGUAGGUAUGUCAAAACACGCCAUCUACUCGCAACUUUGAAGUGAACGAAAGAAGACACUGUCGCAAGUAACAUUUGGUAACACCUGCUUUCUGCAUAUCAUAGACAGAAUUGUUAGAAAAAUUAUGAUGGCAAGCAAAGGUUGGAAGGUGGUAAAACCGCACGUGCCUAUGAUUAAAUUUCGUAAGGGAGGAAUAAGCAGAGCAACUCCUGGGGCUUCGAACGUACAGUCUGCGCAAUCAGGGCCGACAUUACAGCAACGAGGUGUAGGUGCAACGGGGCCAAACGUAAUCGUUUUACCAACAAUAGAUGACAUUCAUCUACCUCCACGAUUUCAGAGACGACCCAUCGAUGAGAAAGAAAUAGCAUAUAUUAACAGAGGAGGUCCAGAAUAAGUUAUAUAAAUUUAAAUAAUCCAUAGGACAUCAUCAAUUUUAGUAUACUGUAAGCAAUCAUUUUCUUAUUAUCAUUAUUGUUGUUAUCAUUGUUAAUAUAUGAUGUAAAUAAAUGGAAGUAAGAUCAGUGA